CCUGUGGGGACAUGAACUGUGUUUGUCGCCUGGUCCUGGUGGUGCUGAGCCUCUGGCCAGAUAGAGUCUUUGCCCCUGGGCCACCAGCUGGCUCCCCUCGGGUCUCUUCAGACCCUCGUGCAGAUCUGGACAGCGCCGUUCUCCUAACCCGAUCCCUCCUGGCAGACACACGGCAACUAGCUGCACAGAUGAGAGACAAAUUCCCAGCUGAUGGAGAUCACAAUCUGGACUCCCUGCCUACCUUGGCCAUGAGCGCUGGGACAUUGGGAUCUUUGCAGCUUCCUGGUGUGCUGACAAGGCUUCGAGUAGACUUGAUGUCCUACCUCAGGCAUGUACAAUGGCUGCGCCGCGCAGGUGGUCCUUCCCUAAGGACUCUGGAGCCAGAGCUGGGUGCCCUGCAAGCCCGACUGGAACGGCUACUCCGUCGUUUACAGCUCUUGAUGUCUCGCCUGGCCUUGCCCCAGGCCACCCCAGACCAACCUGUGGCCCCCCUGGGCCCUCCUGCCUCAGCCUGGGGAAGCAUCCGGGCAGCUCAUGCCAUCUUAGGAGGGCUGCACCUGACCUUGGACUGGGCCGUGCGGGGCCUGCUGUUGUUAAAGACGCGGCUGUGACUCGGGACUGAAAGCCACCAUGGAUACCACCCUUGAAAGCCAGAUCUUAUUUAUUUAUUUAUUUUGGUACUUGGAGGGGGGGGCAUGAUGAUCAGGGGCAUGCCACACCCCAAACAACC